AACGGCCGCAAUUCUAUUCUGCACUAUGAAAAAAAGAAAAGCCCCUCUUAAACCCCCAUUAAUUACAUUUCGUCUCCAGAGCUCCUCUCUCACUCUAGGCCGGCACCAAAAUGUUCCUCCACAGGCAGCGCCCCGCCGCACUAACCAAAGCCCUCCAGCUCCAAAUCCGACGCUACGCCCAAUCCGCCACAGCCGCUCUGCUCCACCUGGAACCGGAACCGGAGCUCGAACCCGACUUUCAGUCCACCUUCCCGAGACCAGACCCGAAAUACGCCGAGACCAUCUUCGCCGUCCCACGCACCGCCUCCGGUAAGAGCAUCUCUGCCAAAGAGCGCAAGGCGGGCCGUGUCCCCAGCAUCGUCUUCGAGCAAGAGGACGGCCAGCAUGGCGGCAACAAGCGCCUCAUCUCUGUACGGACCAACCAGAUCCGAAAACUCGUCGGUCAUGUCGGCCGCUCUUUCUUCCUCUCCAGGCUCUUCGACCUCGAGGUUCGCUCCGACUUCGACUCUGAAGACGACAUCGUUGAGAGGGUCCGCGUUUUGCCUCGCAUGAUUCAUUUGCACUCGGCCACGGACGCACCGCUUAAUGUGACAUUCAUAAGGGCUCCUUCUCAUGCUUUGUUGAAAGUCGACAUUCCUCUUGUGUUUCGAGGAGAUGAUGUCUCUCCUGGAUUGAAGAAAGGUGCUUACUUAAAUACAAUCAAGAGGACUGUAAAGUUCCUCUGCCCUGCAGAUGUGAUUCCUCCAUAUAUUGAUGUGGAUCUGAGUGAGUUGGAUGUCGGUCAAAAGAUAUUAAUGGGAGAUCUCAAGGUUCAUCCGACUCUAAAGCUUAUUCAGUCAAAAAAUGAGCCUGUUUGUAAGAUCAUGGGAGCUAGAGUUUCUGAACAAAAGAAAACUAAAUAACUGCUAUGGUUGGAUUUUGGCUGUGCAUUAUCAUGAAAAUUUGAUGGCAUCAUUAUCCCUUCUCAGCUAACAUGUUUACGACCACAUAUCUUUUGAUUUGUAAUGGCUGUGAAGGACGGGGCAAUAGAGUUUUCACCCUCUUUUUUCGCCUUUUUGGGUUUCUUUAUCUUUUGCUGAGGGAGCAUGGGGAGUGGCGGUCAAGGAUGCCGUUAAAGAGAGGAAGAAACUGGGUCUGCUUCGUAUCUCUUGUGAAUCUGAUCCGAAAUUCUGUGGUAAUAAGCAUUUUAGUUCACAGAUAUUCUCAAUGAACACACUUGGGCGGAUGUCGCUUGCUCAGUUUCUAUGUUUAUUUGUCAAAUUCUCUCAUCCAUAGUUUUUUAGUUCCCCAGUUUGGGCAGAUUUUAUUUUGGAAAAAGAACCAACUACAAACAGUUUGGGAACCAAAAUUGAUAACAUUCUAA